CUCUUACGUCAUCACGCUGCGCCUUUACGAAUAUGAGCGGCACUUCUGUCCCAUUGAAUGGGCAGUAGGAAAUUACAGUGUAGUCCAAAAUAGUCAAACUAAUCUCUCAGACUAUUCCUUACAGUUUGCUGUAAAAACCGGAAAUAUUUUGAAAUGAUUGAUACCAUCGAAAAAGAAGACAAUAUUAUCAGCGAGGAGGAGGCUGCUCAAUAUGACCGUCAGAUUCGCCUCUGGGGUCUGGAUGCUCAAAAGAGACUUAGAGCAUCUCGAGUACUUCUGGUUGGACUCAGAGGUCUUGGUGCAGAAGUGGCAAAGAACCUUAUUUUGGCUGGGGUCAAAGGGCUGACAUUCCUGGACCAUCAGCAGGUGACAGAGGAGUCCAGACGCACUCAGUUCCUGAUUCCUGUGGAUGCAGAUGGUCAGAACCAAGCCCAGGCCUCCCUGGAGAGAGCACAGUCCCUUAACCCAAUGGUAGAGGUGAAGGCAGACACAGAACCAGUGGAGAGCAAGCCAGAUGACUUUUUCUUCCAAUUUGAUGCGAUUUGCAUGACUGGGUGCUCCAAAGACCUGAUGGUGCGAGUGGACCAGUUGUGUACCUCCAGGAACAUUAAGAUCUUCUGUGGUGAUGUAUUUGGCUACCAUGGAUACAUGUUCUCCAACCUCGGCCUGGAGCAUCACUAUGUGGAAGAGAAGCCCAAAGUAGUGAAAGCGUCUGAUGAGGCCAAUGAUGGUCCUGAGGCAAAGAAACCAAAGAUUGACCCCAAUGAGACCACCAUGGUGAAAAAGACUGUCAGUUUCUGCUCUCUUAAAGAGGCUCUGGAAGUUGACUGGACAAAUGAAAAAGCCAAAAGCUGUCUAAAGCGUGUUCCUACCGACUACUUCCUUCUGCAAGGCGCUGUCUCAGAGAGAUGCUCCUCACAGGAACUUCUUCUUCUUCGACGGCCUAAAGGGCAGCGGGUUGGUGGACUACUUUGGAUCCAAAUAAGUGACCCCUGGAGAACACAGAGAGAUGAGUGCACAAGAUGUGUUGGGUUGUAUGUGUGCUCUCAAAACACCAUGGAGUUUGUUUUCUGCCAGUGGCCGCAGGCAUCGAAAUCUGUCUUUGGACUGUACCUUUGCAUAGCAGUAUGCUGCACAUUGAUAGAUGCCAGGAGCAACUAGGACAUGUUGCCCAGCUUUUUAUGUUCACACACUAAUAUAGAUGCACACACGUUUUCAGCAGGGUUAAACUUGUGAUUUCUACAUUUUGUAUAAAAAUAAAAUAAAAGUCAAUGGAAAUGCAUUUGUUUUGGAUGAUAUGUGCUUCUGCUGUUAUUGAUCUCAAUAACACAUAAUAAGAUGGUGCUCUAAUAUGUCUCUGAAGGUCUCUUUGCUGUCCAUGUGACACUGAAUUAGAACAAAUGAAAAAAAAUGUGUUUGUUUUUGUUUAAACAAUUUAAAAUGAAUUGGAUAUGUUUUGUGUGCUCUUGAGCUAUUUAUUUCAGAAAAUUAAACCACGCAUAUACAAUUGUGCUCAAGAUAUUGCGCAUUUU